AUGUUGAUUUUCAGGACUUCUCCGAUGUCUCGGCGCGAGAAGAGCCUUCCGAUCGAACCAAAAUAUACGAAACCACAGGCCAACGGAUCCUCAUUUCCGCCAAUCUUCACUCUGGAAGGGAGCACCCCUUGUAAAAAAACUGCUAGAAAACUGAUCGAUCCAGUUGUAAAUUCCGUCGAUUCUUUGUGCUACCUUGCUCGGAAAAUCGUGAAAAUGCAGGAGGAAAAGAAGCGGCAGAAGAGUAACAGUUUCUUGAUAGAUUACCUCGUGGGCGAUAACUUCAUCACCGAGUUUCGAGAGCAGCCAGCUCAAGCCUCUCCAGCUGUCGAUGUCGAAGAUCCAAUGGUUUCGCUGGUUUUGGGAUGUCCGUUUGGAGCCAUCGGACAGGAACGCCGGAUGUCUCAAGAUUUUCCGUUCCAGAGAAGAAGCUUCGAUAUGGUUUCGAACAGGACUUCCACCUCAGAAUCUUCAAGCUGUAGCAGCACUGACAAUACUUACAAGAACGCCGGAAAGUUCCUUUCACUGCAGGAAUAUUUGGAGCAAAACAAUCUUCUGCCACCAUCGACUAUGCCGUUUGGAGAGAACUCUGGAUUUCACGGGUACAACCCCCAAAUGAAUGUACAUAAUAAUUCUACUCGUAAUGGAAAUGUUGAGAAUCGAGAGCAGCGAAACAACUCCACUUCGCCACCGAGAGGAAAUCCUCCACAUCCACUUUGCUGCUGCUUCUGCUUCGGAACCGCUUCCGAAUUUGCGAGACUUCACACUUUGCCAGCUCCACGGAAAGAUGAUCGUGGACCAUGGUCCGAUCACUGCUCGAAGAAAAGGGGAAGAGUUGUAUGCCCAAAACUUCGCUCAAUGGUCUGUGGAAUCUGUGGAGCCACUGGCGAUAACGCACACACAACGAAGCAUCACCUGGAGGCGUUUGGAGACGACUAAUAUGUAUAUAUAAUAUAUAUUUUUCGAAAGAUGUUCGUGUUAUAUUUUUAUGCAUCCACAUUAUAUUCACAUAAUCUAUUUACAUAUCCCACCAUGUUUUAUCCUGCCCCCCGAAAAUUCACAUUUAUUCGCACCUCCUCGCAUAUUGAUCUCGAAAUUGUUUAAUUUUCUUUUUGUUGAUUUUCUUCAUUUUUUGUUCUCUGUUUUCUGUUCUCCAAUUCUCCAGUUGUAUUAUCGCUUAGCGAACACUGUUGACAUGUUGAUAAACUGAAUUUAAAAAAAAAAAA